AGCAACACAAAGAACACCAUUGAUCCCAUCUAUUUUAUUCCUUAUAUUUCGUUAAUCCAUAUAUCCUUACGCAUUCCAUCUUUAAGCUUUUAUAUGCAACCCCAGAUCAGAGCUUAGAGAAAAAGCAGAGAGGAUCUCCUUUUACUUUCCUCUUCAGAGAAACAGAACCAUAUUCAAAGAGGACUUUCUUAAUUUAGUCGCAGGGAGAGUGAGACAUAAACCAAACUCAUUACCAAAAACAAAAAAUGGCAUCUUCAUCAACAAACUCACCUUGCGCAGCCUGCAAAUUCCUCCGGCGAAAAUGCCAACCCGAAUGUGUAUUUGCGCCGUAUUUCCCACCUGACCAGCCACAGAAAUUCGCAAACGUUCACAAAGUCUUUGGAGCAAGCAACGUCACGAAGCUCCUCAACGAGCUUCACCCUUCACAACGUGAAGACGCAGUCAACUCUUUAGCCUACGAAGCCGACAUGCGUCUCCGUGAUCCAGUCUACGGUUGCGUCGGAGUCAUCUCUCUUCUCCAGCAUCAGCUUCGUCAGCUUCAGAUCGAUCUCAGCUGCGCAAAAUCUGAGCUUUCAAAGUACCAAAGCCUCAACAUCCUCGCCGCCACGCAUCAGAGUCUUGGCAUUAACUUGCUCGCCGGCGCCGCCGCAGAUGGAACGACGACGGCGACGGUAAGAGACCAUCACUAUCAUCAUCACCAGUUUUUCCCUAGAGAACAGAUCUUUGGUGGGUUAGAUGUUCCCGCCGGUAACAACUACGACGGAGGGAUUCUUGCGAUUGGACAGAUCACUCAGUUUCAGCAGCCGAGAGCGGCGGCCGGAGAUGACGGUCGGCGUACCGUUGAUCCGUCUUGAGAUUUUAGGGUUUUUGGUUGGUUCAUUCGUCGUUGAUCUUGGCUUGGUUACU